AUGCAGACGACAGGAGGGCCUACGAACACCCUCUGUAUCAAAAAUGUUAAUGUUAACGAGUUAGCAGAAACAAUGGAGCGUCGACGAAUUGAUUUCUUUGCUGUGCGGGAAACGACGCACCGCGCCAAGGAGCUCGUAACAGACGCGAAGGCAAUACCUUAUGAAACGGUUUGUACGAUAAAGAUCGCCCCGCUGAAAUCGAAAGUAGUCGAAAGAUGUGGUCUACCGAGAAUCAAGUGGUGGCGACUAAAGGAAAAAGAAGAGGACAUCGUCUACCGCACUCGAAUACCGGCGGUAACGAUUGUCGACGACACUUGGAAGGGUGCUGCCAAUACGAUAGCCCGGGAUGCGCGGUCGGAGCUUGGCAUAAUCAAGCCUGGACGACGAAAGGUUGACGAGCAAACAUGGCUGUGGACGGAUAUCAUGCCAGAGAUAAACGGAUCGCAAGAAAACAUUGGAGCGAUGGCGAAAGUACUCCGCAACAUCCCGCCAUCCCUUGCGCUCCGCCAGGUACGGCCCCGUUCAGGAGAUAAUCGUGAAGGACACGGUUACGGCUAUAAGGAGGAUGAAACCGGGCAAAACAACUCGUCCUGA